AUGUCGUCGGGAAACAGCUCCAGUGGGUCUCGAGCACCACGGACGGCUACUACGGAUGCUGAGCAUCCAAGGUUCGCCUUCGUCUCGGAGAAUAAUCAAUCAAACGCGCGAAGCCAUGCGAUGCGGGAGCAUUGGAGACAGCGUCACAAUCGUAACAACAGUACCAAAAGCAGGCGGCUUCAGCCGAAGCUGCUUCCGAACAUCUCAUCGGCUGCGGACCGAAUCAUCAAGCCCCAUGACCAAUCCAAUCACCAGCGUUCAUCUCGGAGCUAUAGGAGCCAGAGCUCGGGGCUACAACGCUCGGAUAGUUCCUCCAAUGGAACAGGACAGGAUCGUGACGACGAUAUUGAGAUACUAGGGGUACCUUUGCAGUUAUUGAGCGGGGUCGGACACGCCCUAUCAUCCUCAAGACUCGACCCCUUCCAGACAUUUCCGCUGCAGUUAACCAGUCAACAUCAUAAGCUAUUGCAUCACUAUACGUCCCGCUCCGGGAGGAUUGGUACCUAUGCGACCAUGAUGUUCGAGGAACUGGAUAUACCAAGCUUCAACCCAAUGAAAGAUGUGUGGUUCCCGUUGGACCUUUCCAACGCUUCCUCAUUCAACGCAGUUAUGGCCCACUCCGCUGCACAUCUAUCUCAUCUCUACGCAGGGACCAGCCCGCAAAGGGGAACAAACUCCUUCGAUGCCUUGAAGUACAAGGCAGAAGCAGUACGGAUUCUCCACGAAUGGCUGUCCGACCCGCAGAAAGCACUCAGCUAUGAUGCAUUUGCGGCUGUUAUCCGACUCCUUACAUUUGAGGUAAAUACACGUCACGCUAGUAUAGCGUCCGAUACUUCUGCUGUGGAAAGUUUCCUGAUCCAUGCACAGAGAUAUUGGGGAACUGCAGAGGAGUAG